CACGCGCCCCGCCCCGUCCGGUGUGCCUAAGUUCUCGCGCGAGUUACACUUCCGCCCUUUUGGCUCUCUGAGCGGCGUCAUGGCGGUCGGCAAGAACAAGCGCCUUACGAAAGGCGGCAAAAAGGGAGCCAAGAAGAAAGUGGUGGACCCAUUCUCUAAGAAGGACUGGUAUGACGUGAAAGCACCAGCCAUGUUCAACAUCAGGAACAUUGGGAAGACCCUGGUCACGAGGACCCAAGGAACCAAAAUCGCCUCCGACGGCCUCAAGGGCCGCGUCUUCGAGGUGAGCCUCGCCGACCUGCAGAACGACGAAGUGGCCUUUCGCAAGUUCAAGCUCAUCACCGAGGACGUUCAGGGCAAAAACUGCCUCACCAACUUCCACGGCAUGGACCUCACCCGGGACAAGAUGUGCUCCAUGGUCAAAAAGUGGCAGACCAUGAUUGAGGCUCAUGUUGAUGUCAAGACUACCGAUGGCUACUUGCUGCGCCUGUUCUGCGUGGGUUUUACUAAGAAACGCAACAAUCAGAUCCGGAAGACGUCGUAUGCUCAGCACCAGCAGGUCCGCCAGAUCCGGAAAAAGAUGAUGGAAAUCAUGACCCGGGAGGUGCAAACAAAUGACCUGAAAGAAGUAGUCAACAAACUGAUUCCAGACAGCAUUGGAAAAGACAUAGAAAAGGCUUGCCAGUCUAUUUAUCCUCUCCACGACGUCUUCGUUAGAAAAGUGAAAAUGCUGAAGAAGCCCAAGUUUGAAUUGGGAAAACUCAUGGAGCUUCAUGGUGAAGGUAGCAGUUCUGGAAAAGCCACUGGGGAUGAGACGGGUGCUAAAGUGGAACGAGCUGAUGGCUAUGAACCACCAGUCCAAGAGUCUGUUUAAAAUCAGACUUUUUAAUCAUGACAAAUAAAAAGUCCUAUUUGUGA